AUAAGUCUAACAUAUGGGCGGACUAAUAUUAGUUUCGAUUUAUCGUUCAGUAUAUGAAAAUGAAUACUCUCUUGCUAACAAUUUCUUGUAUUUUAUUGUUCUUAGCAAAUUCUACAAAUAUUUUAAAACUGUAAAGUGUAACAUAAUCGCGAUAACAAAUAUAUAUUUAUAUUAUUUUGUGACAGUUGGACAAAAUUAAAAGUUAUUAAAUUUUUCUUUGUAAUUUGGCCAUUAGUGUAAUUUUACAUUUUAAAUGAGCAGCACCUCCAAGACUUAAGCUCCUGAGUGGUUAUUGAAGUUAAAACAAGAAAUUAACAAAAAUAUACUGUGCAUUUUAACAUUUAGUGAGUGAAUAUGAAACAAUUAAUAUAAAGCGAAGCCAUUUACACAUGGCGAGAAGUCACGUAGACUGUGUUUUGUUCAGUGAAAUGCUGAAGCAACAAUCGAUAUUUUUGUUUAUACCUUGACACCAGAAUAGCUGUUAUUUUCGAGUGAGGUUUUAUAAAGAAUCUAAUUAAAAUGGAUAGCAAAAAUAUUCAGAAAAGUGCGAUGCACAAAAGUGCGGAGUUUACUUUCACUCCUCCGCCAGCAGCUCCUGUAUUUGAACCUACCUUAGAAGAAUUUGCAGAUCCCCUCGCAUAUAUUGCUAAAAUACGCCCUGUAGCUGAGAAAACUGGAAUAUGCAAAAUUAAGCCUCCAUCUGGAUGGCAGCCACCUUUUUCUUUGGAUGUCGAUAAAUUAAAAUUUGUUCCACGAAUACAAAAAGUUAACGAAUUAGAGGCGAUUACUCGUUUAAAACUCCUUUUUCUCGAAAAAAUAUUAAAAUUUUGGGAAUUACAAGGUUCGCCAUUAAAAAUACCAAUGAUCGAAAAUAAAACUUUGGAUUUGUAUUGUUUAAAGUUUUGGGUGGAUGAGGAAGGUGGAUUUGAAAAUUGUAACUCUCCAAAAAAAUGGCGUAAGAUAGCAAAUUCCAUGGGUUACAGUCAAAAUGCUAACACAAUGAAUUUUCUUAGGAAUAAUUAUGAAAAAAUAUUACUUCCAUAUGAAAUUUUUGAAAAAAGUAAGGCCGCUCUACUGAAAACUGUCAAAAAAGUUGAACACAAAUCUGAGCUAAACAAUGACAAAGAAUCAAAUACACACCAAAUAAAAGAAGUUUCAAUAGAAUCUAUAACAAAUGUUAAAACUGAGGAUAUAAAAGAAGAAAAACCACAUACUAGCAUAAAGAAAACCAAAACAGGUUCUGAUAUAAAGCCUACUACUACUUGUGAAAAUAAAGAUGUUGAAACUGUUAAGCGUAGCAGGGAGUUGAGGCGUUUAGCAUGUUAUGGACCGGGUCCAAAAAUGCCAGGACUGAAUGAUGAAGAGUUUGAUAUAACUAAGUCUAGGAAGAGACCUAGAUAUGAUUUAGAUCCACUGGCAGAUUAUACAUGUGCUGUUUGCCAGAAAGAUCACAGAGAUGACUUGCUUUUAAUAUGUAAUGGCUGUUCUGAUACCUACCACACAUUUUGUCUAAAACCACCAUUGAAUGCUGUACCUGAUGGGGACUGGCGUUGUCCAUGCUGCAUUGCAGCCGUAGUACACAAACCAGCUGAGGCUUUUGGUUUUGCUCAAGCUGAAAGAGAAUAUACUCUGCAGCAGUUUGGUGAAAUGGCUGAUAAAUUUAAGUCAGAUUAUUUUGGGAUGUCUGGACAUCUUGUACCUACAAAUGUUGCAGAAAAAGAAUUCUGGAGAAUAAUAUCAUCAGUUGAAGAAGAUGUUACAGUGGAGUAUGGGGCUGAUCUUCAUUCCAUGGAUCAUGGAUCAGGAUUUCCUACCAGAUCAUCUUUAAAUCUCUAUCCUGGGGACCAGGAGUAUGUUGAUUCUGGUUGGAAUUUAAACAAUCUUCCAGUAUUAGAUGGUUCAGUGCUAAGAUUUAUCAAUGCUGAUAUAUCUGGUAUGACAGUACCCUGGAUGUAUGUUGGUAUGUGUUUUUCGGCAUUCUGCUGGCAUAAUGAGGAUCACUGGAGUUAUUCUAUUAACUACUUGCAUUGGGGUGAACCUAAGACUUGGUAUGGAGUUCCAGGUAGAGGAGCAGAACUAUUGGAAAAUGCUAUGAAAGCAGCUGCUCCAGAUUUAUUCAAGACUCAACCAGAUCUACUACAUCAGCUUGUUACUAUAAUGAAUCCUAACAUUCUAAUGGCAGCUGGAGUGCCAAUAUACAGAAUUGACCAAAAUGCUAGUGAAUUUGUUGUCACUUUUCCAAGAGCUUAUCAUGCUGGUUUCAAUCAGGGAUACAACUUUGCAGAGGCAGUUAAUUUUGCUCCUCCAGACUGGUUAAAAAUUGGAAGGGAAUGUAUAAGCCACUAUAAAAAUUUAAAGAGGUUUUGUGUCUUUUCUCAUGAUGAACUUAUUUGUAAAAUGGCUCUUGAGGGUGAUCGCUUAGAUUUGGAAACUGCUUUGGAAACACAAAAAGAGCUUGUAAAUGCCACAGAAGAAGAGGGACGUCUAAGAACACUAGUUGCUAAAAAAGGUUUGAAAAAUGUACAAAGAACAGCAUUUGAAUUGUUAGGUGAUGAUGAAAGGUUAUGUGAAGUGUGUAAAACAACAUGCUUUUUGUCUUCUGUAUCAUGUGUAGAGUGUAAGCAAAUGGCCUGUUUAUUACAUGCAGAUGAACUAUGCAAAUGUGCAUACAACAAAAAAACCUUAUUUUAUAGAUAUGACAUGGAUGAACUGCAUAUAAUGUUGCAAACAAUUGAUUUCAGGGUUAAUAGUUUUGAUAAAUGGAUGACUGAAACAAAAAACAUCCUUUUGCCAACAGCUCCAGACAUUGGUAGGUUGCAAAAACUGAAAUGUUUGGUAGAUGAGGCAGAGGAAUUAAAAAUACCAAAGUGCACAUUACUAACACAGUUGAAGGAGGAGUUUACAAAGGCUACUAAGAAUGUAGAAACUAUAGUUAUAGAGUUAGAUGAUGAUUAAUUAUUAAGGGUUCCAGUACAAACCUUUAGAUUUACUUAAGUAAACAUUAGGUUGCAUUGUGAUUGUGAUUUUGGGCACUUAGAAUUUAGGAAUUAUACUGCUACUGUAAACAUCAGUUCAUCACAAGAGGCAGCUAUCAUCACAAUUUUACAAAAGGAGGUAAAGUCAAUGUUUAUUGUAUUUGCAAAUGAAAAUAACUGAUAGUUUUUAUACUUGUAUUAACACCUAGUUAUAAUUGUAAGAUUUAGUUAUAAUUAUUAAUGCCCACCGUAAAUUAAUUACAAUUUUAAAAGGAUUCAUACUUAUUGUGACAUUAAUUGCCCUUGUUAAUUGAAACUGAUCUAUGAUCUCAUUCAGUAUUAAUCAAAAAUUAUAAUUAAUGAUUACUCUAAAAUUAUAAUAAAGUAUAGUAUUGUUAUCUAUUAUCCAAAUAUUUCCAAAAACAGAAAUUUUCUCUGUAUAUUUCAAUUAAAAUGAUUUUUAAUAAGUAAUGUGCAAAACAUUUAGUAAGAUAUCUGACACAGUUCUUUUUUUCGAAAAAGCUAUGAUGUACUACAAUAUACAUAAUUUAAUCUGUAUAUAAAGAGUUUCUUUAAUUUUAAGUCAGUAGAUUAAGUAUUUGAUUGCACACAAUAUUCUUUAGUAGGUUGUAGUUUCGUUUUAUGCCAUUAUUAUUAAUUGACUGAUUAAACUAAUAUCAAAUUAUAAUUUAAUUUUGUCUGAGUAUCAGGUGUACCAGUGGAUUGAACAUUUUGUGUGAUAAUAAUUUUUAGGAGAAUAAUUUGGGUCACCCAAAUGGUAAAAAAAAAUUGGUCUGUGUUUAUUUAUUCUCAUAAAAAUUACUUCUAAUUAUUCAAUGUGUGGUAUGUACUUUAAUGUUAAAAAGGUAAAAACGUAAAAUAACAAAUAAAUCCUAUAUUAUAAUUCA